GUUGCUUUGCUAUAAUGAAGCAUGUAGAGAUUUGCUACCAAUGCAUUCUUCUCGCUGUGACAUACAUCUCUCUAUUUCAAGCAGACUACGCUCCUUACUUCUAUGACAAUGCGCCAGACAGCACCAAUGGAAACAUGGCUAUGUUGAGCAUUCCUGAGGACACGCCUAUAGGAUCACAUCUGUACACUUUAAAUGGCACAGACCCAGAGGGAAAUGCAGUCACUUAUGACAUGACCUUUGAACCUGGAGCAAAACGCUAUUUUGUAGUGGAUCCACAAACAGGAAAUGUCACUUUGGUGGAGGAGCUGGACAGAGAGGAUGAAGGUGAAGUUGAAGUACUAGUCAGCAUUUCUGACAGUGUGAAUAAAGUUGUUGAAAAGGUUCGAAUACUUGUAACAGAUGCCAAUGAUGAGAGCCCGCAAUUCAUUAAUACACCCUAUGUCAUUACUGUGCCUGAGAACACACCUUCAGGUACCAGCAUAUUCAAGGUGCAUGCAGUAGACAAAGACAAUGGAUCUGGAGGCAGUGUCACCUACUUUCUACAGAAUAUGGGUAAAAGCAAAUUUUCAAUGGAUCGAUACAAUGGGGACCUUCGAAUAAAGCCAAGUGCAACUCUGGAUUUUGAGAAGUCCAGGGCUCAUUUUGUUACUGUGAUAGCCAAGGAUGGAGGCGGGAAGCUGAGAGGAAAGUAUCAAAUUUGCUCUUCUACAACCACUGUUACAAUCAAUGUCAUGGAUAUUCAGGACACCCCUCCUGUAUUUUCUGGCAGACCGUAUUUUGGAUAUGUGUAUGAAAACACAGAUCCCGGUUCAGAAAUAUUUAGCGUGAUGGCAUAUGAUGGAGAUCUUGGGAAUCCCAAUCCAAUCCAUUACACGAUUACACAUGGAAAUGAUGGAUCUUUUGACAUAAAUAGCACAAGUGGAGCCAUUACUCUUCUGCAAACUACAGAACAUCUCAAGAAGGAUGUUUACAAACUUCUAAUUCAGGCCUCAGAAAUUAAUCCGGAUGUUGACAUACUCGUGUUUAUGACAGCUAUGGUAACAAUCCAAGUGGUGGAUCUCAACAAUCAUCACCCCACCUUUUAUGGUGAAAAUGGUCCACAGUCACAAUUUGAGAUCACAAUGCAAGAACAUCCCCCAGAAGGAGAGAUCCUGCGUGGACUGAAAAUAACAGUAAAUGACUCUGAUCAGGGAACAAAUGCACAAUUUAAUCUCAGGCUAGAGGGCCCUGAAGGUAUAUUCCGAGUUAUUCCCCAAACCGUCCUCAAUGAAGCACAAAUCACAAUAAUAGUGGAGAACUCGGCUGCCAUUGACUAUGAAACAUUUCAAGUGUUUAAUUUUAAGCUCCUUGCUAUUGAAUCGGACACUCCAGAGAAGUUUAGUUCCACAGCUGACAUCAUCAUUCAACUAGUGGACACCAAUGACAAUAUUCCUAAAUUCACUUCCGAAUUCUACGUUGCACGGAUUCCUGAAAACUCCCCCGGGGGCUCUCCUGUUAUAUGUGUUACCGCAAAUGAUGCUGACUCAGAAAUGUGGGGAGAAGUCAAGUAUUCGAUAUAUGGAACAGGGGCUGAUCUAUUUCUGAUUCACCCCACUACUGGGAUUAUAUACACUCAGCCCUGGGCAGUGCUGGAUGCUGAAGUACAGCCUAAAUACAACUUUUACAUUAAAGCUGAUGAUGGGGAUGGGAAGCACAGUUUGGCUGAAGUCUUUGUAACAGUUCUAGAUAUAAACGACCACUACCCAGAAUUUAACAAGAACAUUUUGGAGAAGGUUAUGAUCAUUGGAUCACCUGUAAAAAUUGAGGCCAAAGAUGAAGAUGCAGAAGAGCCGAACAAUGUUGUCGAUUACUCGAUAAUGCAAGCAGAUCCUGCAAACGUUUUUGACAUUGAUCAAGCCACAGGGGAGAUUGUGCUGAAGUCCUACAUCAAAUCUCUGGAGGUUAUUCACAACAUCACCAGAAGCAAAGAAUGUCAGUGGUCACUGGUGGUGCAAGCUAAAGACAGAGGCUCUCCUUCUUUCAGCACGACAGCUGUUGUGAGGAUCGAUAUUACAGAGGAGACCUCAGGCAAAGGGCAUAUGGCAGACUUUUUGUUGCAAUCUAAAGAUAAUCCCAUGAAAGCCCUAGGUGUAGUAGCAGGGAUAGUUUGUUUUUUCGUGAUUCUUACAAUCUUAAUUUCGACAAUCAUGUUUUGGCGGAACAAAAAGUCCAAUAGAAUUGGCCCAGUGAGGCGUAUCAUAAAGAAAAGGCCACGCCAUAAAUCGAAGACCCGCAAAUCUGGAUGGUUCCAAAGUAAGAAAUCUGCCAAAAAAACAACUGGUUUCAUGGUUUCUGAAGCCAACCACCAUUUUCAAAACAUGAGCACUGAAAAUAAUCAGCCACCACUUCCACUGGCAUUGCCAUGUGCACCUUUGCCUCCUCCUCAAAUACCUAUGCUCCCGGUCAGUCUCAACAAGCCAGAUUGGAGUCUGCCUACAGUGUCAGGAUCGCUCAGUCCCAAGAAUCAUAUCCGUCAACAGUCAAAAAGCAAGAUGUCGAAUAUCAACAGUGCCCUGGUAUCAGAGCUGAAACAACGCCUGGAAAAGAAAAUGAAUGAAGAUGCUUCUAAAUUGUACUUAUGAAAAAUUAUUUGUUACUAAAAAAUAAAGUGCACGAUGUGAUUGCAAUAUUAGAUGGAUGGUUUCUAAUCAUGUCAGAAACAUUGUGCAAAGUUCAAAGGUUCCACAGGUUAUAAAGGCACAACAUCUUGAUAUUACCAUAUGAGUAUAAGCACACCUAACUAUCAGAUGACAUCCUCUACUAUCCAUCUAAAAAUGAUGCACAUACUGAAACAUUGGUUACUGCAGCUUUCCACAGAAAAGGAAAUUCAAAUUUUAAAAUAUGCUGACUAUUUUACAUGCUGCCACAACUAAUGCAAAGUUAGUGAGUGGGAGAUUGGGAGCCUGAGAGAAGAGAAUGGCAAAGGGAGAGGGAAGGGAAUACUGGCAAGUCCAGAUUAGUCAGUAAAGUGAAGUUGAGUCAGUAGUGAGUGAGUGUACUUCCUAGCUGCAUUACCACCGCAGUGACUUACACAUCAGACAAUCCCUUACUUUUCAACCCCAAAUAUUGACCUUUAUUUCCAGUAAUUUUCACAGAUCAAUUCAAUGUCACGAUUAAAAACAGACAGCAACAUUUGAAGUAAUAUCGCAGUAACCUACGUUUUGAUGAAAAGCAAUCUAUUCUGUUAAAGCUACUAAAAGCAAAUGAAUCCCCCUGCUGGAGAAUACGCAAGGAAAAUAUUCCAGUUCGUUCUUAAUGAAAAAGGAUUAAAAUGCUUUUGGGCUGAAAAAGAUAUGCAAUAUCAAACUGUGUUUCAAUUACUGAGACCUACCUCAAAUUGGUAAUAUUAAUAUAAUGUCUGAUGGUGCAAUGUAGUUUUUUAUAGGUACAUUUUGCAAAAACAUACUUUACCAUAUUCUAUGUUACUGACCACGCAACAUGAAGAAAGUGAAAUAUUGAUAUUGCGUGAUGUAUUAAGGGGCAUGGGAUGUAGGUGGGUAUAUGGAAUAAGGUUGUAGAUCAACCAUGAUCUCAUUGAAUGGUGGGGCAGGUACUUAAUGAGGCUAAAGAUUCCUAUGUUUCUCUUGUUUGUCAGAAUAAAAUUUUCACGGUAGAUUAGUUCAAAGCAAACACCUUAGUCUUAUAAAAGCAAAAUACUGCAGAUGCUGAAAAUCUGAAAUAAAAAUAGAAAAUGCUGGAAAUACUCAGC